GUGCCAGGAAGGGUGUUAUGUCUCACAACCGCUCACUCCCCUCCGGAAACCCAGUCCAGUGAGGAGACAGCGAGGGAGCGCUUUUGCAAGAUGAAGGCCAACAACCCGGGAAGCCGCCCCAAACCCGGAAGAGGCGAGAGGAGGCAAAGGACCGUUUAUACAAAGGAGCAGCUCGAGCUUCUGAUCGAUGCCUUCGAAAAGGACCGCUACGCCGGCUACGAGACGCGGGUGGACCUGGCAACGACGGCUGGAGUCUCAGAAUCGCGAGUGCACGUCUGGUUCCAGAACCGACGAGCCAGGGUGCCCAAGGCUCCCCAUUUGCAGAAGAAACCGGCUCGGAGGCGGGCUGCCGCGGCUCCAAGCAGGGAGGCGAGCUGCCCGGGAAGGUGCCCGCAUCCUCCGGUGGCGCAAGGCAGCGAUUUCUCCUAUCCGGGCCGCGAGGGAGCGUUAUGGCAGCCGCCAGACCUUCCCGUGGGAGCGCUCCAGUAUGCCUGGCAGGACCAGAACUCCCCGGCCGUGGAGCCCUUUCCUUUCCCCCAAGCGGCUGUCGGCGGGACCGGGGCUUGCGAUGCCGCCUGGGCCGGCAGCACCACCAGCGGCAGCAGCAACACGCUUCCCUAUUGUAGCGGACAGUUGCCGAGUGAACUUUCACCGCCAGGCGAAAGCCUCUAUUUCGCCUCGAGCAGCAAUCUCCCCUGGAUUGUAAUGGGGAGCGAUCAAGCUGGAAGACCCUUGCAAAGGCUGCGGGAAAGUUAUCCCAGCGGGCAGCACAGGGAGGCUCCGGAUGCCUUUCCCUGUCCAGCUCAGUAUCCCAACUCCUUCUUGGGUCACCCAUAACUAUGUCUGCUUGCUAAUUUAUUCCUUUCAUUUUAUCAUAUUUGCAACUGUUUCAAUAAAAGUGUGUUCUCGAAGUGGCUUGCCUGGGAUGAUUUUCUCUUUACUGAAGCAUCCUCUUGCCUGCCUGCAAGAAAAAUAAGGCUGCUAAUUUGUCUAGAGAGA